GGUCAUCAGACUCGGGCGACUACAAAGAGCGGCCGCCAAAACCCCACCGGCUGAGAGGACAACUCCGCGGCCUGCAGGUCCCGCCUGGCUGGGCGCAGUCCCGCCACGCCGCGCGCCACGUGAGGCGGAGCCUGCCCGCGCAGCGGCGCGCGCACUCCCGGGCCUCGCGUCGCGUGACUUGGCCGGGGCCCGCUCGCGCCACUUCCGACUCAUCCCUGGGUUCAGGUUCCGGGGCGCCGCGGAGCUCGCGGCCCGUGCACCGCGCGCGGUGUUCUGGGGAAUCCAGCGCCAAGCGCCGCGCGGCCGCCAGGAUGGACGAGGCUGGAGCGGCAGUGGCCACGGCGGGGGAGGCCGAACUGAACUGGUCCCGCCUCAGCAUGUCCCCCGAGAAGCUGGAGUCCGAGCUGGAAGCGCGAGGCGAGGAGAGGCGCGGCGCUCGGGAGGCGCUGCUGCGUCUUCUGCUGCCUCACAACCAUCUGGUGUCGCUGCCACGGGCGCUGGGCAGUGGCUUCCAGCACCUCCAGCUGCUGGACGUGAGCGGCAACGCGUUGACCACUCUCGGAUCGGAGCUGCUGUCCCUGCGCGGCCUACGCACGCUGCUAGCCAAGAACAACCGGCUCGGCGGGCCCAGCGCACUGCCCAAGGGCCUGGCCCAGUCGCCGCUAUGCCGCAGCCUCCAGGUGCUCAACCUCAGCGGCAACUGUUUCCAGGAAAUGCCUGCCUCGCUGCUGGAGCUGCGUGCGCUGCAGACCCUGAGCAUGGGCGGCAACCAGCUGCAGAGCAUCCCGGCCGAGAUCGAGAACUUGCGGAGUUUAGAAAGUUUAUAUCUUGGAGGAAACUUCAUCAAAGAAAUCCCACCAGAAUUAGCAAAUCUGCCUUUUCUGACUUACUUGGUAUUAUGUGACAACAAAAUCCAAAGUGUGCCUCCUCAGCUUUCACAGUUGCAUUCUCUUCGUUCCCUCAGUCUUCACAACAACUUGUUGACUUAUCUCCCUCGAGAGAUCCUCAGCCUUAUUCAUUUGGAAGAGUUGAGUUUACGAGGAAAUCCAUUGGUUGUUCGUUUCGUUAGAGAUUUAACCUACGACCCUCCAACUCUCUUGGAACUAGCUGCACGGACCAUUAAAAUUCGAAAUAUCUCCUACACUCCCUAUGAUCUUCCUGGGAAUCUUCUUAGAUACUUGGGGUUAGCCACCAAUUGCCCAAACCCAAAAUGUGGAGGAGUCUACUUUGACUGCUGUGUCAGACAGAUUAAAUUUGUGGACUUCUGUGGGAAGUACCGCCUCCCGCUGAUGCACUACUUGUGUUCUCCAGAGUGCUCUUCCCCUUGCAGUUCUGCCUCUCACAGCUCCACAUCCCAGAGCGAAUCUGACUCAGAAGAUGAGGCUAGUGUUGCCGCACACAGAAUGCAGAAAGUUCUUCUUGGUUGAACAAGGAUGCGGGGUGGUGUGAAAUACUAAAAACUAAGCAAAGGUGGUUACAAAAGAAAAUAGAGCUUGAAUUUCACUAGAAACCUUAUCUUCAUCCUGAGUAUCAAUGAAAGAAUCAGGGAUGAUGUGAAGCAUUCUGUUUCAUCUGCCUAUUCAGCAGGAAUGAGUCCUGUUCCAUGUUGGGAUUCUUUGAGUACAAUUUACUCUGAAUGGCAGUUCUAAAUUUGGCGGAUCAUUUGCAAUUUUCAUUCUAGUUUUGCAUCAGUCACAUAGUAGAAUGAAGCAUUCCAAGGAGCUGAGCUAUAAAAAGCCAUGAGUAGUGUUAACUUGUGGCAGUUGGGAUGAUGAAAGCAAGAAAUUACCAAAGCUCUAGUUAUCACCAAAGUUGUCCUAGGGUUUAGGAACACUAUACCAUAAUCAGGAUUAGCCUUCCCUUCUUUGUUUCCCAUGUGUUUAGAUUACACAGCUAUUCAGAUAAACUCAGAGAUGUUACAUAGGACCUAAACUUUUCUGAACAAUUACUGGUAGAGUAAGGGAUGUAAUUUUUAAGUGGGAUAUUAAAACUCUUCAGUUCUUCUUUGUUCUGUAUGUUUGUUAUUAACAUGUAAUCCAUCACUGUAACUGUUACAUGCCUUUGCCUUAAUCCUAGCAAGGAUACAGAAAGUUAUUUAAGAAAUAAUGCCAGAGUAACCUAAACUAUGACAUACUAUACAGAAUACUUCAAAAUAUGCUUUUUUUUUGGAGACAGAGUCUCACUUUGUCACCCUUGGUAGAGUGUCGUGAUGUCAUGGCUCGCAGCAAUCUCAAACUCUUGGGCUCAAGCGAUUCUCUUGCCUCAGCCUCCCAUGUAGCUAGGACUACAGGUACCUGCCACAAUGCCUGGCUAUUUUUAGAGACGAGGUCUUGCUCUGGCUCAGGCUGGUCUCAAACCUGUGAGCUCAGGCAAUCCACCCGCCUCAGCCUCCCAGAUUACAGGCGUGAGCCACCGCAUCUGGCCCAUAAAAUAUGCUUUAAUAGAACUACAUAAACAACUGUAUCUCCACUAUCCGAUGUCAUGGCCAUUUUAACUUCAUUUUUUUUUUUUUUUUUUUUGGUUUAAAUGUAUAGUAAAUCUCUUGUAAGCAUAUCACUUUUGCAAUUAAUGGGAGGCCACAAUCUUAAUUAAUCUUUUUGGCAGAAAAUUCUGGAAGAGAUGCAAGUUAGGAAAACUUUAUAUCUUAUAUCUAAAUGAGUGGACAAAAAAGUGAUUCUUUUGCCUAUGUCAUCUGCUGAACUAUAACUUUCUAUAAAAAACUUGACAAGCCAAAUAAAAUUGGAGGAACUCUUUAUACACAAUAUAACAGUUUCCAAAACUACUUUAAUCAUGGAAUACGUUUUGAAAAUAAAGGAUUGAUAAAAUAGAAAAAAAUGUAUUAAAUAUUUGUAUCCUUAAAGUAUAGCAGAAAAAAGUUUUUACAAAUAAAUUAGCAGUAGAACUUAUCAAAUGUUUAUUAACUAGUUUAAUAUGUAAUAAAUAUUGAAUAGCACAACUAUAAGUUGAUAUUAUAAAGUGCAUAAUGCUUACUAUAAUUAUUAGAUAACCAAUCUAUAAUAACAUGAUUUUUUUGGUAACUGCUUAAUAUGCAAUAAUACACACAUUAGAGAAGUGUUAGAACUUAUCUGUAUGAUUUCUUCUCUGACUUCUGGCAUUCUUGACAGGGCACACCACAUCAUACUUUUUUUUUUUUUUUUUUUGAUAUCUCAAGAUCAUUUAUUAUGGGCACACUAUUUCUAAAAAACAGAUUAUUGUAUGAUAUAUAUAUGUAUUGGGGUUUUUAUAUAAUUUUUUGUUUUAGAAGAUUCUAUAGUGUAGGAUUAUUUAGGGUUUAUGUGUUUAUUUGUAUGUUAAUUCAUGAAACUUCAUGAGAGUUUCAUGAACUGCAGUUGUGGGACGCUGCUAUAGAGUGAAUCCCCUCACCUUCACCUUGAUAAAAUGUAGUUUUUUUUUGUUUUUUUUUGGUUCAGAAAUGUUCUAUGUCCGUAGAAGUUAUCUAAUGUUUCUACUGCCUAGUGAAGUAACACAUGAGUGAUUAUAUCAUAAAAUAGAGGUAGUAAAUUUUGCUUACUUCUCCAUGUGAGCCACAGCAUGCUGCAAAACUUCAUAAUUAUGAAAGGUAAAGUUGACUUAGGCCACACCUAAAGAUCAACCUAAAAUGUUUUUAAGGGACUUAGUUGAGAUACUUAAAAUAUUUUUGUAGAAAAUAUAUUCAUAUUAAAAUACCUAAAUUGAUAGGACCAAAUUUUUCUGGCUUAAAUAGCUCUGCUUAUUUUCUAAUUAAUUACCAGCUUGACCUAAGUAACAGCUUCAAUAGUCUUCUAAGAGUUAAUCUUUGUAAAAUAAAUUGGUAGGUAUGUAAAUACAGUAUUUAACCUUUCAUACUCUUUCUGGCUUCCCAGGAAGAAGGUAUACUGCUUCAUCUUUUAGAGAUAUUUUAAUAAGUAGGUCCAACCAGAAAUACUUGCUAACCUUUGCUAUGUAAUGUAAGUACAUACUACAGUGUUCUUUGAACAUAAUGUGUUUCUGUCUGUGUACAGUUGAAAAUUCUGUGGGAUUACUGUGCCACUGUCUUGGUAACUUUUAAUGCAAUCUACAUUUUAACUGUUAGUUUUAUCUUUUAAAAAAAUCUUUGACCUAACCUUUUAUAAGAGCUGCUAAUAAUUUCUAAGAUUUUCCUUGUUUUCUUUCCCUGCCUUCCCUUUUUUCAAAACUGAUGAUUAUAAAAAUUUUUAAUCAGAAAGUGAGAUACAAGGGAUUCAAUUAUCUAGAUACCAUCUAAUCAGAUCUUAAGUCACAUAGCUAUAUAUUUAAAAUGAUAGUCUCUUUAGUUCUUAAGUCACAUGUUUGUGUUUAAUUACUGUUGAACUUUAAUUGGCUUUUUAAAAUACAUUUACAGAUUCAGCAAUGUCUAAUUUUCAUAAUGAAAUAAGUUUUGAUACCGCUCUACUUGCUCUACUUGGAUGAUUUUAGUGACCAAAACUGUGACUAAAACUACUUCAGCAAAACAUUAACAUAUUUAGAAAGGAAUUCUUAGUACUAAUUGGAAUUGGAAUUGGAAUAAAUACAUUAUUAAUUCUUGGUAGUCUUUAUUUCUAGAACCCAUUUCUCUCAGCAUCUCCAAACUGAGUUGGUGAGAUAAUCUUAGGAUAUUAGAAGAUAGGAGUUAAUAUAAUAUUUUGAUUCUGUGGUUCCAGGGAUUGGCUGACACAAAGACCAGCUGGUCAGGGUUCUCAGUAUUCCUGUAUUUUGAUUAUUGGAGAUAGAUCCAAAAGGGACUGGUCAUAUUGUACUUCUAAAUGUGUGUGGAAGAUGUCUCUUGUUAUAAAAUUCUUAAUAUUUAGAACCUUGUUACCACAUUUAAAAGUAAAGAUUUGUAUUGUAAACUAUACCUUCAAUUUGAGAAAUUUUUGUGUUGAUGUAAAUAAAAGUAAAGGUAGUCCAUAAUAGUGCAUUGUAAUACUGCAGAUCAGUUCUACCAUGUUAUAAAUAUCACAUUUAAACAAAAGAAUGUAAGGCUGAUUGCUGGAGUGCUAAAUAAAAUUUUUAAAAGCAACAAAGGGCUGGGAAAGAAAAGUCAUCAGACACCUAGGGAUAUUCCUGAGCCAAAAAAGCCCUUAAAGUAAUAGCGAACUUUUUAAAAUUUAAGUUAUUAAGUGGCCUUACUGACUACCAUUUGAAAGCCUUUAUCACUCACUAAGUUUAUUCAGCUUCUGCUGUUGGGAGAUUAUCCAUAUCCCUCCACAAUGAAGGGCCAGCACGUAAUAGGAUUUCUUUACAGCCAGCCUUACUCUCCAAAGGGAGAAAGUAAUACCUCAUUAACCUGGAAUUCAUGCUACAGCUGGUAGCCUUGGUUAAUGUUUACCUUUCAUUAUAUAAAAAAGUAAAAACACUAAGCAAGUAGUGCAAAUAAAGUGAUCAUUGAAAACAUUUUAGUAGUAGCUACUUAAGAAGUUAAUGGUUAUUUUUCCUACAUCUUAGUAAGAUCCCGUAUAGAUAGAUUAGUUGGAUGGAUAUAUAAGAUAAGUUAUGCUGCAUUUUCUUUUUGAGACAGAAUUUUACUUUUGUCACCCUUGGUAGAGUGCAAUAGCAUCACAGCUCACAGCAACCUCAAACUCUUGGGCUUAAGCGAUUCUCUUGCCUCAGCCUCCCAAGUAACUGGGACUACAGGCACCCGCCACAAUGCCCAGCUAUUUUCUUUAGAGAUGGGGUUUCACCUUUGCUCAAUAGGCUGGUCUCGAAUAUGUGAGCUCAGGCAAUCUACCUGCCUCAGCCUCCCAAGUGUUAGGAUUACAGGCGUGAGGCCUCACAUUUAGUUAGAAGUAUCUAAUUUUUAGCUAAAAGAUCCAAAAGAAGAGAUCUUUUGUCUUUAUGUCAGUAUAAAUACUACUUACUCCCUAUUUAGUCUAAAGUAAUGAGCUUUUAAGUUGUUCCGAGCGUUUAACAACAGUAGAAGCUAUUACAUAGGUUUUUAGAUAGUGUGACCUGUAAUAUGUAUUUCUGAGACCCUCUAUAUUGGGGAAAAAGUACUUGACCUUCACCAUUUCUAUGUUAAGCUAUACCCUGUAUAACAUGAAUGAAUUUAAUAGUGCAUGAUUUUGUAUUUUCAUUGUCAUUAGUGUGACCUGUAAUAAGUAUUUCUGAGACCCUCUAUAUUGGGAAAAAAGUACUUGACCUUCACCAUUUCUAUGUUAAUGAAUUAAUUUAAUAGUGCACAAUUUUGUAUUUUCAUUGUCUUGAUGCUUUUAAAGAUAGCAGUGAUUUCAGUUAUGGUUAGAAAGUGUGUGCCUUAAAUCCUCCACUGUAGACCCAAAGUUUUGGAAUGGUAAAUUUGGUGAGUUGUUUGUAACAGCCUCGUGCCUUUUUGAAUUUGACUUGAGGGAGAAAGACUGAUGCUAAGAGAUUCCUAAUGGCUUGAUGUGUAGAGUCUAGGUCUAAGUGGGGGAGGGAGGAACUCAAUCAUGCUUUGUCCCGGAAGGUCAAAGCCAUAAGGAUCAGGGUCCCCUGAAAUAAAGUCAGUGAAAGGUAUAUUCUCUAAUAUUUUAUUUUAAAAAUGUAACUGGUGCCACCAAAGGAUGACAGCAAUUUCGGAUCAUCUUAAUAUUUAUAGCAUCAUAUGAAGAUAUUAUUAUUAUGGGGCCUACUGUAUUUUGCCACUGGUCUCCUUUGUAGUAGUAUAGGUUGGAAAGGUGAUGUGUUAUAAUGUUUUUGCUUGUAAACAUCUCCAUUCUUUGUCUAUUUCUCCUUGGUUCAUAUGUACUAAGAAUUAUGUAAAAAAUAACAAUUCACUAACAUUAUACAUUAUUGAACAUUCACAGGGUAAUACUGAUUUGGGUGCUACUAAACUUUUAACUACCAUUGAUCAGUCUCAAUAAUUCUUAUGGACAGUAUUCAAUCUAAUAAAUAUUAAAAUCUAUAAGUUUAAUGAAGGUUAUUUAUAUACAGUCAUGUCAGAAAGCCAUAGUAGAAAGACCAUCUGCAUUCACCAGAACUUAAUCUGUUCAUUUGGCUGUCACUAUAUUGCGUAAGACUGUUUUGUUAUAAAUUUCAGCUGGGAGAAGAUGCUAGGGGUAAGAUGGACAUUGCUACAACAAAACCUUACAAAAUUGCUUAAUUCUGUCUACAAUUGAUUUUUAAGAGAAUCCUUUUACUAACUUAAAUGAUUCACAUUGAUGUGUUCUUGAGAAAGAAUAUUAACCCCAGCAGUCACUUUACAACAACCAUGUAAAGACUUGUGUGCCAGCAGUUGAGGUUCUUUGCAUUUCUGAGCCCAUUUUGUGUGAGAAACAAAGAAAGAAGAAAAUGGAGAAAAUUUUAGAAUAACUAGUAUUUUAACUUUUCAGAAAGUUUGGAACUUCAAAGUAUCAACAAAGGAUACAAAAAAAAAGAUACAUAGACUUUUAAUCAGAUUAGUUUUUUUGCUCCAAUUUCUUAAUUUUCUAUAUUUGAAAUCUUGUGAAUUAGGAAGGUGUACAACUAUAGAUACAGAGAUAAUUACAGCUUAGUGGUAAAAAUAAAUGUUAUUCAGCAAAACAAUUAAGUUUUGGUUUGAGAUGAUAUAGUUUAUUGUGUCAAAUUUAUAUACUGCCUUGUAAUUGUAACUGUUCUAAAAAGAAUAGGCUACUUCAACUCUAGUGCCCCCCCACAACAUACAAGAGAAUGUGAUCUUCUAUUAACAAAUCCUCUGUAUGAAUUUUGCCUUAUUGAACAAUGUGCCUUAUUAAAAAUGUUUUUGUUGGAAUUCAUUUCUAUAUUGUGUAAAAGUAACCGUAUUUUAGUCUUAAUUGAUGAGCAUUUACUUUUAAAAAAAUCUAAAAUUUAUAUAAUA